AUGAAUACAAUUUUAAAUAACGGUUUAUCUAUUAACAAUAAGAUAUUCAAAUUUGAAGUGUCUCAAAUUGUGUGUGAUGCUCCUGCAAAGAGUUUUGUAUUGAAUGUUAAAAAUUUCAAUGCAUAUCAUGGAUGUAAUUCAUGUAUAGUAGAAGGAACAUUUUUAAAUAAUCGAAUGGCUUUUCUAGACAUUAAUGCACCAUUAAGAACGAAUGAAACAUUUCGAAAUAAAUGCGAUGAGUUCUAUCAUAAAGAUUCAAGUCCGCUGGAAGAAUUGCCCAUAAAUAUUACUUCUUCUGUAGUUCUUGAAUAUAUGCAUAACAUUUGUCUUGGGGUGAUGAAAAAAUUAAUUGUUUUUUGGACUAAAGGUAAAAAACCUGUGAGGUUAGUAAAUCCUGAUGACAUAUCUCAUGAAUUAGAUAAUAUUAAAUCAUAUUUACCAUCCGAGUUUAAACGUAUAUCCAGAACAUUAGAAGAAGUAGAAUAUUGGAAAGCAACAGAAUUCAGAAAUUUUUUUCUUUAUAUAGGCCCAAUUGUAUUAAAAUGCCGAUUAAGAAAAUCACUUUAUAAACAUUUUAUGCUUUUGAGUUGUGCCGUAAGAUUACUAAUUUCUCCUGAAACUUGUCAUGCAUAUAAUAAUGUAGCAAGAGAUUUAUUGAAGCAGUUUGUAACUGAAUAUUCUUCACAUUACGGUGAAGAAUAUGUUGGUUACAAUGUUCAUGGUUUAAUACAUGUAUGCGAUUUUGUUUUAAUUCAUGGCGCCUUAGAUGCAUUCAGUGCAUUCAAAUUUGAAAAUUAUUUACAGUUUAUAAAAAAAAGUAGUAAAAAUUCUAGAUAUCCUCUACAAGAUGUUUAUAAUCGCAUUAUAGAACAAAUCAAUGCUAAAACUAACAAUAUCACUUUUAGUUACCCUAUCCUUAAACAUGAAUUACCAUAUGAUAAAAUAUUAAAUAAUUCAAUAACUGAUAUUUUAUACGAGCAAAUUGUUUUAGAACAAUUUAUUGUGAGUUCAAAACAUGUGAAAGAUAAGUAUUUUAUUAUUCAAAAUUAUGAUAUAAUUAAAGUAAAUAAAAUCAUAAAAUAUUUUAAUGGUGAGAUAAAAAUUGAAGUAAUCAAAUUUAAAUGUUCGUCAUUUUUUGACAAUCCAAUAUCAUCAGAUUUAAUAAAAAUAUUUUACAUUGAUGUCAUUAUCCCUGAACCUCAACCCCAAUUAAUUAAUUUAGAUUGUUUAAAAUAUAAAUGCCUCACAGUGCCAAUAGAUAAAAAUAAAUAUGUAGCAAUAGCAUUACUACAUAGCAAAACUACAACAGAGUAG